ACUGCGUCGUCAAUGGCACCUCCAUCUCCAUUAAAUUCUUCCUUCCAGGUGAAAAUGGCGCGAAAGUUGUUGAUCUCCGACAUGAGCAACCUGGUGAAGCACACGAAGCUGGCAGACGCCAACAGAUCAACCGUCAUCGAUUUUCAGUACCGGAAACAGAUGUUGCAGGCCGCUCACGUGAUCGCCGUGGACGCCAAGAACCUUCUGGACACCAUCGAUUGCGCCCGG